AUGGGGGAUAAACACUAAGGAAAAUAAAAGCUGACUGAAAACUCAGUAGACAAAAUCAAGAAAAAUGUCUAGGAGCUUAUUAGACUUGAAUCAGGAGACAUUAAAACCUGCAAAGAUCUGAAGUGCGAUAAAAAGUACCCUCACCAGCAUCUUUUAACACAUGGUAUGGUAUUUAAGCUUCUCUUGAUAUUACCAAUCUUCCUCCUUAUCGACCACCUAACAUUAUAUCCAAAGAACAAGCAAAUUGAAUCUUUUGUUGAUACUCUGCCGCAAUAUCUAUCAGAAGAGGAGAUGAAUCCAUCAAAUAUCAUCUAGCAAUUGAGGUUUUAAAAGAAAAAGCAGUAGUAGCAUUCAAUCUAAUAAUAGGAUUAAGUCAACGAUAUUGUGAAGAAGCACUAAAGAAAAAUGGAAAUUGUGAAGCAAGAAAAUUUUGAGGAUCAUAAAAUACCCAAUAGGUAUGCUUAGAAUAGAAUGAAUUCCAGUCUUAAUGAGCUUAUGAGCAGAACUGAAAUUGAGGGGACUGUUAACAAACUUAAAUAGGUGCCUAAAGACUUUAUCAUAAACCCAGUCAUCGGUGCUACCUAUGUGUUAAAGAAUAAUCGUCAAAAAAGUAAUGAUUACAUUUCAAGACUAGACAAGUAACACUAAAAAUAACAACAAGUAAGUGCCAAUAAUGGAUAGUCUACCCUUUAGACAAGAACUUUAUCUUCAACAAACAAAAGUCAAGAAGGCAAAUAUAGAACGAAGGACCUCGACUAGACAAUGAUGCAUACAGUGAAAUAAGAUAGCAAAAAUUAGACUUUUAUGGAUCUGACUAAGAAUUAUGCAAAUUUCUAAGGUUUUGAUCCUAAGUCAGCUUCUCAUUCAAGAAGAAAGAGAAUAGGAGUGUAUAGACUACUGUCGCCAAGGACUAAAAUUUAAGAGGCAAGAAUGAAAGACUUCAAUAAUACUAUAAAGACUAAUAGUGACCAGAUGAUGGAUUUUAGCUCACUGCUGAUGAGUAAGCUUGGGAGCGAUUCAACGAAACUAAAUAGUGAAUACAAAAACGACACAACUAGCUCAAGCAAGCCAAAUAACUCUCAAUUAACUGAUAUUAAUGCAAGAGAUUUUAACAAGUAGAUUUAAACUAUAUAAAGUAAAGACGCUAACAGUGGAAUAAAUUCAAGUUUGACUAAAGGAUUCUCAACUAUUUAGAAUUCUCCGAGGAUAGCAAGUACGGUAACUCCUCAAAAUAAAAAUGAUCAAAACGAAAAUGUGACGAGCAGAGUGAAAUUCUACAAAAAGGACACUGAGAUCUUUCUUAAAGAUAAGCUGAAAAGCAAAAUUAAGAAUAACUUUGCAAACAGAAAAGACAGGCAUAUUUUCACAUAUCAUAUUGAGCAGGAGGAGAUUGAGCCUGCUAACUUUGACUAUGAUUUUUGUAACUUACUCAUGGAAUAGAUACAGCCAGAUAACAAAAAGACGAGGCAGCAAGUGUUCCAGGAUGCUGAGUUCUGGCUGACUAAAGGGUUUCUAAUGUAAAGAUCUGAGGGGACUGAGGUAGCUCUAGAUUACUACAAACACGGCAUCAGAGUAAAUCCUUGGAACUUUCCUUGUGUCUAUAAUCUAGCCUGUGUCUAUUCUCAUCUAAAUUAGAACAACAAUGCCAGGAAAUGGUUUAAUCUAGCUAUUAAAAUAGCUCCAAAUGAAGCUGACUCUUAUUUCGGGAGCGCAAUUAGUAGCUUUAAACUUAGAGAUUACAAGAGUGCUCUCUAAACCUUGCAGUCAAAGCCAGAAUUUUCAACCCCUGAAUCAGAACGAGAAUAUAAGUCUUUGGAGAGACAGCUUAAACUAUAAGAAGGCAAAUAGCUCAUUAAGUAUGUCUUCUCAAUAAUGAUUCUUCCUCUGCAAACAGAUAAAAAGUUAAUUGAAGAUUAUCUAGAUAAUUACUUAGAAAUAUAAAAUCAAUAUAACACUGACAUAUGCAUCGAUAUACCAUUAUCAGCAAGUCUAGAUAACUUGAAUCAGAGAGGUAGAUGGAGCAAUAUGUCUUUAGCUUUGGAGACAAUGAAGAAUUUGAAAUUCUUGCAAAAUAUACCUCUAGAUGAACUAGAAAAUCUUAUUCCUAAAACUACCCUCAAGCAAGUUAGACUAGGAGACCUCAUUUUCGUUGAAGAAAAAAUAGUUUUGGUUCUUAAUGGGAGAUUAAUAUUGAGAGUUCAUGAAGGACCAGGAUUAAAUCAUAAAAUUGUUGGCUAGUUUUCCUAAGGAAGUAUUUUGGGCUUCAAGCAGGGGGACAAAGGAAUAUCAUGCGAUAGUAAUUCUUGGAUUAUAUGUGCCAGCAAAGAAGCCUUUAUUCUAGAGAUAGAUGAAAAAAUAUACACUAAAAUGCUAGCUGCUCAAAAGAAGCAAGAAACUGAAAUAAGACUUCUAGUGCUUCAAAAUGUUCAGCUCUUCAAAUAGCUGUUCCCUCUUACUUAGAAAAGGAUAGUUUAUGAAUAUGGCUACAUUAAGAGAUUUGAGAAAGGAGAGAUGAUUCUUCCGCAUCAUCCUAGAUCAGCUCUGAACCUUAAUUGGGUAGAGUACUACAAAGACUUUAACCAGAAUAAGCUGUAAAAAGAAAUAGAGAAAAAUCUGAACGAUUCAGAUCUUAUAGCCUAGCCUGGCAAAAUUAUUUCUCCAUCUGUAUAUGAAGGCUAUAUGAAAGCUCUGAGUAGGAAGAAGUAAAACACAGAGCUAUUAACUACCAUUAAAAGAUCCACUGGAUUUAACAACCAAAUCAGAAAAAUCAUGUUUAAAAACAUCUCAGAUGGAGUGAUGAAUAUUUUAACUGCAAACAGCGCAAGAUUAAGUACGAACAACGAUAAACAGUUUAACAGUUUAAGUUCUUUUGGGGGAAAGCUUAAGUACUAUAUAGAGAAGAGGCCAAUUAUGAUUAUUAUGCAAGGAAAAUGCAAAGUUGUUAAUAACUUUGAUAGCUAUGAUGUUGCAACACUCAAAAGAGGAGAUAUUUUUGGAGAGAGUGAUUUCUUGAGAAAUAUUAGUUAUGAUUUCUUUGGGGAUAUUAUAGCUGAUGAUGACCAGGUUGAAGUCUUAGUUAUUGAGAAUCCAGAUUUAAUUAUCAAUUUCACUGAAAAGAAAAUGCUUGUAGACAGCUUUCACAAUAGAUUAGAUGGAGUUAAAUAUAUGAUAUAGACUAGAUAUAAAAUGAGCUAUCACGACAUGCAUAGAUAUUGA